CCUUCGAUGUACAACGCGCUUGGGUUUGGAAAGGGCGAUACUAUUCUUGCAAUCGUGGCUAUUGUGAUAGGAUGUCCCGCACCGUGGAUACUUUGGAAUUACGGGGAACGGAUACGGAAUAGCAGCCAACUGAUGAAAGGGAUAGCAAGAUUGGAGCGACCGGGGGCUCGGGUAGCCCUGAUAGAUUCGCGAACGCUCACAAUUUUUUAAUUAUGCGGACAUUAAU